AUGCAGAACGCGACGCUGCAUUUUUGCCAGUCCAACUGGUACAACAGCACCAACUGUCCUGGCGUGUUUGAGGCCCCCGUCAGGUGCUAUACGACAAGCUCGGUGGACGUCCCGUUGAUCGAACAGGACUACUCUCGAGCGAACGGUGGUGGUGGGGGCCUGGCUUGCACCAAUCCGGCCAGUACAUCAGGCGCUCGCAAGCCAUCUGUGGCGCGCAGUUUCAUUGUGCUUGUCGUCAUCUCAUGCCUAUUGACGUCCGUGCUUGGUCGGGCUACCCCAAACCACCGUGGCACCCUAGAGCUAGGGGGCGGAGUCGGCACUGCUCCCUCGGACGCUCUCGGUCGGGAUCAAGACUCUCCUCCGCCAACCAAGUUCGGCUUUUACGGCACAGUAGCCUCGCUACCUCUAAGAGUCAUGAAACGAGAUGUCAAGUGCAAGUUCUUCAGGCCUGACGGCAAUGGAGUUAACACCACAUCCAGCUCUACGAAAGUCUCGCCCGCGGUUGACUGCAGACAGGCCGGAUCGCCUUGUGUCCUCUCUGCCGCAAAGGGCCAAACUGCUUCGUACUCGAGCCAGUUUUACCUGAACACUGGAGAGGUUGUCAAGGGCGUAGACGUGGAAGCCUCAUUUGGCAGUACUUACAGAGAGUCAUACUCCUCUGCCGUCAUCUACACUACGUCUGUGCCUGUCGGACAGUGCGGGUUCUUGCAGAGCUACAGUUUUGCCAGGCUGUUCAAUGGCACAUACAUCAGCUGCAGUGACGGGUCCGACAAGGCCGGGAAGGCUCUCGUCGUCGUCGACAAGCUACAGCUUAGCUCCCUGGUCAUGACUUCGUGUUGA